UAAACUCUCCCUCUCAAAAGGAGUCUUUCACUUCCAUCAUCUCUCUACUUUCUCAGCCACUUAUCUUUGCGUGCUUCGAUAUCACCCCCUUCUAAGCAAACGCUAACGGCACUGCCAACUUAUCAACUUCUUCUUAUCGUCCUUUUCUCUCGUGUUCACUACCACCCAAUCUGAGUCUUGAAACUCUAUCUUCGUUUCAAUUUUAAGCACCAUAAACUCAUCCGUGUGUCUGUCUUUUUUUUUUCUUCUCCACAGAAUUGAAGUGUUGUUGUUUUGUUGAUUCUUCUUUAUUUUUUUAUUGAGAUUCUUUGAUUGAGUGGAUUAUUACCCAUCUCGUUCUUCAGAUUCAGUUUCUUCAGAUUUUGAUACAAUGUUUGAACCACGUGUUUCUCUUCGGUACGUGCCACCAACAUGGUCCUUCUUCUACUCAAGGCAAUAAUUAUCCUUCAGAGUCUACACCUCAAUAGAAAAAACAGCCAGAGAUAACAAGAAGAUGGAGAAAGGGUUGUUGGUUUGAGAUUGAAAUAGGAGGUUGAAGUUGGUUCCUAUCUUAUUUUUCUAUGGUUUGCAGUUUCUUUAUAAGUAAACUUUAUGUAUUUUCAGAUUCUCUAUGGUUUGUUGUAUUUCACUUUCUGAGUAUCAGAAAUCAGGUUCAUUACAUGUUUUUAAACAGGUGAAAUAAUCAAUCAAAACUGUAUUUAAGAACAUGGUAUUUAAAAAAUAAUAAUAAUUAAAACUGCAUUUAGCAGAGAAAAAACCAUUAUACCAAAAAAGAAAGCCAUAAACAUAAACGGGACUAAACGGGUCUAACGGGCCAUACCAAAAAAACGGGCUUAAAAUUAAACGGGUUUAAAAAGGUAUGUAAGUAAACAGACUUAAAGUUACAGGGUCUAAACGGGUAGGGUGUUAAACGGGCAGGGCCUAAACGGGUCCGAGUAGCCCGUUUUAACACCCCUAAUCAUAACAAUGUGCCUUAUGAAUAUAUCUGAGUAGUUCUUACUGUUAGAUUUAGGUUUCUCAAUAGGUUGAUAAAUGUAUUACUGACUCAAACUGUUGUUAGGAUGUUUAAAAGAAUAGUUCUUCAUCUAGUUGUUUUUAAAGCUAAGUUUAGGAUUGUCCCUUUAAACUUAGAUCUUAGGAUUAAUUGAGAUCAAACCAUUGCUUGACUCAAUACCUGAAAAAAAACUAGUAUGAUCUAACUGACUAUAUACAAACGAGAGUUGAUCUAGUGAGUUAGAAAACAUAAAUCAAACAUGUCCGUAAAGCUUUCUAGAAGAAGCAUCGAUCGACUCAGCGAUAGUUCUGUCGAUCGAUAUUUUGAAUCGAUCGAUGUUCUUAACGAAUCAUCGAUUGACACUUUCUCGCGAUUAACAUACGAUAGUUGAAAUCCGAGAUCCAGAUUAAAUAAUCAGAUUGAUUAUAUCUUAGUUUGAAUUCAAGAACAAUUGAUAUCAAUAAACCCUUAAAAACCCAAACUAAGUAUUUACUUGUCAUACCUGAGAAUAUACCUGAAUCUAGCUAUUCUCUUAGCUGUUAACAACCUCAAAACCAACCAAUCGAGUAAUAAACUUGCUCACCAAUUCAUUUACUGCUUUAAACCCUAUAAACCAAUUAAUCUAGCCUAUUUCAAAGACCAUAAUCUCUUGUGUAAUCCUAGAGUCUUUGUGGAUUCGAUCCCUAAAUACUACAUUUGAACCUCUUAUUUGAGAGAGUAAUUCACUCCUUGGGGUAAUUUGAGUGAUAUCAAAUUUGGCGCCAUUGCCAGGGACUCUUUCUUAUUACCACUAGAUUAAGUUUAGAAUUUAGUCUAGAUUCUGUCACCGAAUUUGCUAAAAAUUUCCCUCCUUUCCUGCUGACACAUGAACUUAAGAUGGAAGAUAUGGAUUUCGGCAGGAUAUCGAUCAACAAAAUAACAACAACAUCGAGCGACGAGUCGACGAAAAAAUCGAUCGACGGUGAACAUCAAACAUCGGUCAACGCCACCCCACCGGAAGCAGAUAAGUUUUCUCUUACCAAUAAUGCUAAUGAGGGAGUAGUCCUAGGAGAACCUAAAGGUCAACUUAGAAACGCAAUUAACCAAACCACAAAUGAACAGGGGACUGCAAUUCCUGUUAAAAUUGAUUUGAUCUCAGAAAGAGAUCAUGAAACAAAAUUGCCUCUGCAAGACUACUUAAACCAUGGCAGGACCUUUUCCAAUAGGUCCGCCAUCAAACUAUCCAAAGAUGAUACCAAUAAAUCUGUGGUUAGCCUCGAAUAUUUAUUCUUGGUACAUCAGAAUCCUUUUCGUGGAACCGUCUCAGAACACCCACACGAUCACAUCAAAUAUCUAAAAGAUAUGAUGGAUAACGAGUACAAUCGCUGUAAACCCUUUUCAUUUUCCUUAGAGGGCGACGCCAGAAAAUGGCUGGACCAACUACCAGCAGGCUCUUUGACCUGCUGGAAGCAAAUAAGGGAUACCUUCAUUAAUCACUUCUUCGAUGAGACGCGUUACUGGGAUGUAAGGAAGAAAAUCUCCACAUUCCGCCAAGAUCCACUAGAAUCAUUCAGAAACGCUUGGGAGAGAUUCAAGAGUUACCAGCUUGAAUGCCCCCACCAUGGUUAUUUAGAACCACAGCUCGUUAAUACCUUUUACGGAGGUUUUAACUUACAUUACCAAUUCGCACUUGACACAGAUAGUGAAGGGAGCUUCAGUACCAGGAACCCCGAAGAGGCGAAGCGUUUGAUCAAGAAUGUAGCUACGGGUAUAUCCUACGAAAUGAUAGACGUAGAGCGAGGAAGGAGCGUUGACUCAAGGAAAGGGCCACAUUUAGCCAAAAUCAAAGAAUCUCUAGACUCACCUCAUUCUUCUCUAGAGAAACAAAACAAAUUUGGGAUUUACCAAAUUGACGAUGAUACCCUUUCUGAACCAGAACAACAGAUGGACUUCGUAGGUACUCCAACCUUGAAAGAUAGGGUAUCCUAUCCCUAACACCAAUAGUUUUACCCAAAAUUUUGAUGCUACUAUUGGAUCAAGCCGAGGCAAAGCAAAAUUUAGGUUAAACCAAGCUUUCACGGGAAAUCGCAAAAUGGCCACUGACCUGAAUGGAAAGAUAAACAUAGUCUACAGAGAGCUAAUGAGGAAGUUCGACGCUUUAAGCGAACACAUUAAAAACUGGAUGGUCAAGUAGUGGAAAAUGCGACCGCCAUCAAAAUAGAGACAUGACGUCUCCCUGGGCAAACUGACGCGAAUCCGAAAUGUCAAAGGUAUGCUGUGUUACUAAGAAGCGGAAAACAUCUCAACCCGAGCACAAUAGAUAUCAACUAUGCAGAAAAACGUGCUGAAGUUGAGAAAACCGGUGAAAGUAGAUCACAACCAGUAAUCCUCGAUAGUCCCAACCCAGAAUCAGAAACUUCUCGAGAGAAAGAACGGUCCAACACUGAGGAAGCGGACAUCGAGCUCGAGGAGGAAGAAGAGAAGUUAGAAGAAGAUGUGGAAAUCGAUCGACAAGAAGGAAACAACGUUGAUCAACCCACUACAGUAAAUAUCGAUCGACAAAUUGGAAACAAUGUCGAUCGACGCUCGACUCCUACAGAACCAGCCGU